AUGAAGAUUUAUAUCGCUGCCGUCUUUUCCGCUCUCGGCGUUCUCGCCUCGCCGACAUCCGCGUCCCUGCCUGUGCUCCCCGCUACAGACGGCCUCUACAUCGGCACCGUCGACGAGGCCGGCACCUUCUCAUGGCUUUCCUACGGGACCGCCGACGUCGCCGCUCCAGACGUAGCUGCACGCGCACCCGUUCCCACCCCGGCGCCGCUCACGGGCGCCUUCUGCAACGAUUUCCGCGCCGGCACGGUGGCGGACAUCAACGCCGCCGUCGAAGCUCUCGUCGAUGCCUGCCACGACACGUACUUUUCCAAGGCCAUUGCGCUGCAGAGGGGCGGCGUGGUCGUGUACGGCUGUGAUUACAGCACUGUUGGGCAGCGCUGCAAUGGGUUUUCGAUUGCGCCGUUCUUCAAGUCGAUUGGAGAAGUGUGCACUCUGGGAAGGGCAGGCUGGUAUCAAGAGGCGGAGUGGAAGGCCAGCUAUGGCUACACCAGAGCCGGAGUCGGCUUCUGCUAG